AAAAAACACCAGUCACGACGCACAUUCGGUUCGCUCAUACUGAUUGCGAAUGUCACGCGCGCAAAACAGAUAUCUGAAGCGUAAUUUUCUUUCGAGGACUUUUCGAGCAAGCCAGGCAUUUCUCUUUUGUACUGGCUAACGGCGACACCGUAUAUUUUUGUUUGUAGAUUGCGGUUCGUUUUUUUUUUCGUUUGUAAAAAUUUAUUCGAUUUCCACAUCACUAGGCCAAGCUAGCGAUUUGAUUCGAUUCUCUGUUUAUUUGUUUUCUGUUUUGCUGUGUUUCAAAAUGCAGCGUGUGUGUACACAUAUGCACGGCGCAAAGUGAACGAUCGAGAUCAGUUCGGUGAACAACAACGCAACGAUGAAGAUAAACUCUUUCUUCUCGGCUACAACAAACUGAAGCAUAGCAAAGUUGUUGGCAUAGGCUGCGGAACCUGCUCUUUGAUCAGGUGCAAAAAUGCAUUAACCGAGUGAGAAAGGGGAAAAGCGUGUGCGCGUCUCGACCAUUCCUUUCUAUACGAAAUAACUGUUUUGUGUGUGUGCCUGUGCGUGUUGUUGCAUUUCUACCCGGUCCAAAAAUAUAUUAUAAUUUACUUAUUCAAUUGAAGCGCGCAUCGAGAAAAAGCAUCAACCAAACGAACGAAAUUGAAUUGAACCAAAGAAACGAGAGGAAAAAAGAGGAACAAAUCGAAUUACACGAAAACGCGAAUGAGAACAAAUGAAGAGCCGCACAUUAAACAUGCAGUAGAUCCGCAUCAAUUUAUAUCGUGCUAUUGAUUUUUGUUGUGUGUCGUUGAUUGUUAUUGAUACUCGCAUUUUUCUGUUUUAAACCGCAUUCAUGUUUUUUUCCCCUCUGGUUUUACUUCUCUUCAUUUAAUUCCGUCGAAGCGUGUGCGGAAUUAGUGAAAAUGAGGAGUGACGUGGUAUAACGGUUGUGACGGAAUUUGAAAAAUUUUGUACAUUUUGAUCGCUAGUGAAAUUGAGUUAAUUUGUGAUAUUGAACCGUUGAGCAUCUCUCUCUCUCUCUCUCACUCUCUCUCUCUCUCAUUAAAAUGAAACAGUGAUGUGCUGAAAACCGAACAAAAAAAUUUCCUGUAAAUUCCAUCGAAUAAUUAUGAUUGUUAAUGAACGUAAUUUAAGCUCUUUGUCUCUCUCAAUUUGGAAGUUGCUUCGAAAUUCGUUACAAAACCGAAUUAAAUCAAGUGAAACGGAAAAUUCAGUGCAUGAUAAUGAUGACACGGCUGUGAGCAAUUUAAAAUUCUCAAUCCAAAUCUCACCUCAAUUACAAUGAUGAUGAAGGGAAAAACAUAAACAACAACAAAAGAAAGAGCCACUUAAUUGAGGAAAAAGAAACAAGAACAGUGGGAGAGGCGUUCGCGUGAGCGACGAAAACACAGCGACAAAACGGUGGACCAGCACAGAAUAUGCCGUUUUUCAAGCGAUCGGCCAAAGUGCCGAUAACGAGCUGUCAACAAAAUGAAAAUGACAAUAGCGAAACCUGCGCAAUCGAUACGUAUCGAUUACGAUCGGGUGAUCAACCAUUGGAUAUCGCCAACCAAAAUAGAUUAAUUGAGCACGAAUCAAAUGCUGAGCGACUGACAACGGGCUCAACAUCAUCAUCGUCAGUUAGUGAGCGUGUUUCGAGUUUUGUGAACGGGAUCAUUGGUAAAAUGGGCAAGAAUCGGCGCAAAAACAAACUCAGUCAGCAGCCAAUUCAGCAGCAGCAGCAGCAGCAACAGCAACAGCAAUCACAUUUGAAAAAGGUUCAUUUGCAAAGCGAUAAACAGCCACAGCAUGGGAAAAUCCAACGUCAGCCAACUGUUAAAAAGGGUCAGCAUAACGAAUUCCAUUCGAAUGAAACAACCGCCGAACAUAAUAAAUCAGUUCCUGUGUCAUUCGAUGUGAAUAUUAAAAGUGAACAUGGUUUGAAAGGCGAUGGCGGUGGCGGCUACGACGAAAAACUGCAACGCAAAUUGCACGACACCAAGAAUAACAUGAAAAAUCAGCAAAACGCCAAAAUUCUUCACAGCAAAACCUUUAACACCAACGAAAAUGAGCGCGUAAUUGAUUAUAAUAACAUCGUAGGCCUCAAAUCGAAUCAAAUGAAAAGCGGCUCAACCAACGCAAGCGAUUGUCAAGCGAACAACCGCAACCAACCGAUUGACGCCGUUGCGAACAACGAAAACGACCAGAUACUUUGUCCGUUGAAUGAGCGAGUUAUCAAAAAUAGCCCAUUCGCUGAGGAGACACAGCCGUUGCAUUCAUGUAUCGAAAUAGAUUCAUUUAUCGGCAGCGAUGGCGGUGGCGGCGGCGGCGACGACAACGACAACGACGUCAACGACAACGACGACGACGAAGGCAAGAAUAAUCUGAACCGAAGCGAAUGCAAGCAAUUGACGCCUCAAACUAAUAAUCAUAUCUCAUCCAGAUCAGACGCAAAUAAUAAUGAAGUGAACAACGCUGUUAAAAAUAUUGGUGACGUUCAGAAAACCAAUGUCACCGUAAAUUGUGAGACAGAUUCAAAGCGAAUACCCUCAGCUGAACAGCAGCAGAAACAACAACAGCAGCAACAGCAGCAGGACAGGUCCCGGCAGCUGGAAAAUUCGUCGUCUAUCUUUUCAACCAAUCACAUUCACAAAACCGAACGCUCCAAAAAUCAACAACAACAACCACAGCAGCCCGUUCCAUGUUACAAUAAAACAACCAGCAUGGGACAAUCUCCAUCCACGAAUACGAUCAACAAAUCGAAACAACAAAACAACGCGAAUCACACAAAGAGUACAAACUAUGGGAAGACGGCCGAAACAAAAGUGUGUGCCGACCAAAAAGCAGCAGCCACAGCUAACAUUUGCCAUGACGCAGCAGCAAAAGCAACGGCAAGAGCAGCCGAAGCGCCGCAUUAUGAUAAAAAUAAAAUUAAUUUUUCGAAUGAAAUAAAUGAAAUAUUAGAAUCCGAAACGUCAUCAAAACAAUCCGGUGCAGAGCCAGAGCCAAAGCCAAAGCCAGAACCAGAACCAAAGCAUAGUGGAACUACGGCGGCAACGACGACGACAACGACGACGACGGCGGAGACGGCGAACGAGAUCAAGGAUGUUUUUUAUGAAACGUCGUCCGAUUUGAACGGUGAAAUAAAUUCGACCGUAUUUGUUACGAACGACGGAAAAUCAGUUACCACCACACAAUACACACGACCGGUCACGGAAAAUGUGAAUGGUAGCAGUAAAGUUACUCGUUUCGAAUCAGUUUCGAAUGGGAUAAACAACAUCAACCAUAAAACUGAUACAAAAAUACCAAAAAUACCAUUAAAAAAUGACAAAAUUGACGUCACCAUACGUGAUACAGUAGAAGCAACAGCCACAGUCACAAUAUCAACCGCCUCAUCUGCCGUUCCAUCAAGUGAAAAUGAUAGUAGUGAACGUUGUUGUGUGACAAAUGAUGAUGUGGAUCAAUGUGAAAAGAGUUCAGUGUCAGCAAGUGAAAAAAUCCAAAUACAACGUGAUUGUACGGGUGCAGGCGUGUCUAAACCAAAAUUAAGCGAAAAUUGUGAGAAUAGUGCGCAAAUGGAGCAAAACGUAUUGUAUCGCGUGGACAGUUACAAUAGCGAUGAUGCUCUUGAAUUAAGUGACAUCGAAGAGACGGUGAUCGAUCAGCAUGGCAAGGUGAUUGAAGUGAAAACACUGUUCAAACAACGGCCAACCGGAAAAUUACAAUCGAUUCCGGAAUUUCGUAAAAAUAGUACAGACCAUAAAAUCGAUGGCAUUCGGACGAUUAAUGGUCGACGACGAUCGAACAGUAUAACCGGUUCGCUCGGUAUUGAAAUUGUGGAGGUUGGAUUGAGCACAAACAAUACGCAAUCCGACUAUCUGACGCAACAGCCAUUCGUUAGCUUUGCAGAUGACUCAACUGCAAUCAAAUUGAGCGAUCUACGGGAUAAUACGAAAGAAGCGGAAAAUGUAUCGUCUCAGGCGAUCGACAUUGUUGAAAUCGUGGAGGAGAGCGAGAGUGGCAGCGAAUAUGAGGAAAUCGAAGAGGAAAUUGAAGAAGAGGAAAUCGAAGAGGAGAUAGAGGAAAUUGAAGAAGAGGAAGAAGAAGAAGAAGAGGAAGAAUUGGUGUCGGCCGAUGGCAGUUUGAGCAACGAUAGCGUCACCGAAAACAAUGCCAAUCAAAAUACAGCCAAUGCAUUUAAAUCAAAUCAAAAUAGUUCAAGCGUCAACGUCAACGGUUCACAAAAAUCGGUGCAGCACACAAAACCAAAUCGCCUAAACAAUGACAGCAACAACAAUGAUGUGAUACACGUCUCAAUUGAUGGCCAACCACAACGAUUUAACGCCAAUAAGCCAAUAAAUUUAAGCCAAGCAAUCAAUAAAAAUACGGAACCUCUAAGCCAUAGUCAUAGUAGAGUUAAUGAACAUGAAUUAAUGAAAAAAACGCCGUCACAACAGCAGCCACAUAGUGAUAAUAAUAAGUCGACGCGAAAGAUCGUCAACGAUAACAUUAGUAGCGUUAAAGGUAGUAGUAAUGCAUACGAUAAAUCAUCCGAAUCAAUGCUACUGCAGCAGAAGCAACAAAAGCAGCAAUACCCACCAAAGUAUUCAGACGAUGCAAUGCAUUUGCCCGAUAUUGUUGUCGGUUCAACGCUUCUCAGUGCAAAUCACGGUAGUAAAAAACCGAUACCUCUAUCGCGUAGCCCACCGAAAAUUGUUGUCAACGACAAUACCUUGGACAGCUGGAGCAGCAACGAAGAAGAAACGGGCACGAUCAGCGAUAGUUUUGAUGAAAGCCUCGAAGUCGACGAUGAAACUGCCGACUUGACUGAUGAUGAAGAAGCCGAGAAGAGUCCAAAUGAAAAACUAUUAUAUCCAGGCGUAUUGAACAUUGGCAAUAAAAAUGAAUCAAACGAAAGCCAAAACAACGUCCACAACGAGGCGAAACAACAUGAACUUAACCUAUUGGCGCAGCUCAAUGAAGCCAAAACCAAUGUUGCUGAGUGUCAACAAAAAAUCGCCGAUCUAACAUACAAAAUCAGUGAGCUUGAGCGAGAUUUAACGGUGAAAUCAUGGAAUGUCGAACGUUUGCAAGCCGAACUAGAAGCGGCAUAUAAGGAAUUGCACUGUGUCAAAGACAAAUUGAAACAUCAGGAGGAUGAAAUAGAUAAAAAUCGGGCAAAAUACUCGGAGCAAGAGGAUGACUUCAAUAUCAAAAUUAACAAUCUUCAAUCCGAUCACAUCGAACUCAAACAAAAGCUUGACCAAAUGCAAUCACUGGCCAUAUCGUUGCAAGUACAAUUGAGCUCGGCGCAAAAUGAUUUGGCUGAUUUGCGAGCUGAAAAGGAAAAAUUGAUCGGCGAACGAGAUGUCGAACGUCAAGCACUACAGGAUGCAUUGGAUGCGGCGAUCAUCGAACGGGCCGAAAACGAUGCGAAAUGGCAGAGGGAUUUUGAACAGUUGCGAACACUUAACUCAGAUCGCGAAGAACUUUUGCUACAGGACUGUGAGUGGAAGAUAAGAUCGACAGAGAGAGCUUGUAAGGAGCGUAUCAAUGCAGCGGAACAAGCGAAAAAGGAGGCAAUCAAAACAUCGGAAAAAUUGGCCGUUGAUACAAAAGCAAAACAGGACCAAAUGAAGCAUUUAAAAACAACUGAAGCCGAAUUGGCGGCAUUACGUGGCCUAUCAAACGAGCAACGUUAUUCCAUUGCUUAUUUGACGCAGCAGCUAGAAGAGAUAAAAGAAAGGCUGGACGAAGCCACUAGUCAACUUGAAGAGGCAAACGAUAAGAUUCACCGAAUGGCUGUUCGAUUUGCUUCGGAUUUGAGUGAUAAAGACCGGGAAAUGAUUGCGAAAAUCGAUGAAGUGCGCUAUGAAGUGGCAUCGAUGUGGGAAGACCGAAUAUUAAAUGAGAUGAUACGCUUGAAAGAUGAGCUGGAGAUCUGUUUUGCUGAAGAGCGCAUGGAAGCCGUGCAAAAAGCACAAAAAGAGCAUAUAGAUGAUGUGAAUCAGUUGAAGGAAUCGUUUGCUUUUCGUGAGAAAAUACUGCAAGAUGAGAUCGAGGCCAUCAAAGAGAAACUGGUCGACCGGAAUCGUCGAUUGGACGAAGCAAAUGAGAAAGCUGAUAAGCAAAUUAUGCAAAUUCGCAUGAUUCUAAAUAAAUCCGAACAGGGUCACCAGCGUGAAUUCAAUAAACUAAGGUCCGAGUUUGAAGAGCGCGAGGCUGAACUGAAAGCACAGUUUGAAGCCAAAAUAGAUGAAAUCAAGAAGAAGUCUUCAGAUGAGCUGAGCACCACCAAGUCUGAAAUGAUAGCUAAAUUAAAACGAGACUAUGAAUUGAAUUACGAGAAAUUCAAGGCAGACAAAGAAGAAGAGCAAAUAGACAUGCAACGAAACUACAAGAGAAAACUGUCGGAUGCCGACGUGAAAAUGCGCGAUAUUGAAAUUCUCCAUCAACGCGAGAUCAAAGACUUACAGAAUGCCCACUCCAUGGAACGGUCAAGUUUAGAACAGCGUGAUCUUCAAAAUUCUCAGGAAAUUGAAACGCUGCACAGAAAAUGCCGGUGCCUUACUCAAUUAUUUGAUGAGAUGCGAAUUCGAUAUGAACGGCGUGAGCCGCGUGCCGAAGAUAUUCGCACAAUUGAAGAGCUAAAAAGCAUCAUUGAAGCGCAGGACAAAGACCUUCGUCUAUUGACUGAGGAAUUACGUAAAAUGCAAAUGCGCCAAAAUGGUGGCAAAACGUACGACCAAUUGAACUAUGAUCAAAACGAAAUGAUGCAAGACAUGCAACCAGUUGCACCACAAUCACCAACCCAUUCACGUAAAAUGAAAAAACCAAUUCUCAACUGUGACGUCAUUUACGAAGCAGAAGAAGAAGAUGAAUCUCAACCGAUUUCAGCCUAAAUAACAAGAAAUUGCACACCAUCCCCCGUCAAUUUUGGAUGAAACAAACUGAAUUUUCGUUUAAUUAGAAAAUCAGUCUUUGUUAAUUAUUAUUUUUUUUUGUAUUUUAUUUUAUUUCGAUACGAUUAAUACUCGUUCUUGAGUUCAUUCAGUCUGAAAAGGAAAUAAAAUUUAACCAAAGAAUAAGCAUUAGAAUUUACAUUGUACACGCGCUAGGAGGCCAUAACAUUUUAUUUUUUAAAUAAAGUUACGGAUGAUAUCAUUUACACA